AUGAAGUCUUUUACUCUCGGCCUUCUUGGCCUCGCCUCACUCUCUCAAGCCGCCCAAUCAACAACAAAACAUAGCACAACAACCAUGUUCAUCCCACCCGCCUACACCGGCAGCGCAACAAACAUCUACGCCUCAAUGAUAACAGAAGACCCAACAAAAACCCUCUACAAACUAGCCUGCCAGUCUGACGUCGCAGCAACAUCAUACUCUUGCAAAAACGACUUUGACGGUGUAACAUACACAGCUUGGGACAGUCGCGUAGAUGUAAUUCUCAAUUCUACAUCUUAUGGCUGCGCUUUAUUCUCGGACAGAGCUGGUGUUACGUCCAAGCCAGAUGGUUCUGCGAGCGCUGAGAGCAGAACGCUCUCGUCUUCGGAGAGUUCGCUUUGGAUGACUGCUGUUACUAUUGUCGAUCUUAAGAAGAGGAAGACUACGAAGACGGCUCCUAAGGAGACGGGGAGUAACAAGCUCUGCAAGAGAAAGGUUAGGGACCAUGAUAAUGGUGGAGGUGAUGGUGGAAGUAGCUCGGGUAGUACUGGAAGUGGAAGUGGUGCUGAUGAUGAUGGAGAUUCGGGAUCGAAUAUUAACAAGAAGCCCAACACUAGCAAUGACGACUGUUCGACUGCUUCGGUGUUGUCGUUGAGUUGGGCUGUUGUUGCUAUGGGUCUUGGUGGUUAUCUCGGUUUGAACUUGGCAUAA